GUACGUGCAGAGCGCAGCCCGUGAGUGGCGGCGCAAACUCCUCCUCCUCCUCCUCCGCGCUCGGCUCCAGCCACAGCGAGCGAGCGAGUGAGGAGGAGGCAGGCGCGCAGGCAGGCAGGCCGAGGGGCUCGCGCCGGCACUCGGCGGCGGCUUUCCCCCCCUCAGCGCUGCAGGCUGAGGCCGGGCAGGAAAGGGCCGGGCAGUCUCGGCGGGAGAGGGGCUGCUUCCCUGCCCCGCCACCGAGGCUCGCCGCCGCUAUGAGGCGGUGACAGAAGCGAGCCUCGGAGGAGGCGGCGGCGGGCAAGAGGGCGGCGGCGGCGGCGGCGGCGCUGGGCUUUGGUGGCUGACUGUCCUCCGCCCACCAGGAGCGGAGCGGGAGGCGGGCGAGGCAGCCGGGGGCCGCAGCGCUGACUGGGGUCGGCCAUGAUGAAGUGAGCCGCUCGCCUCCUUCUCCUUCCCAAGGCCGCUCGAGGAGAAGCAGGGGCGACCGAGGAGGGGGACGCGGCAACAUGGCCAAUGACAGCGGUGGGAGUGGCGGCGGCGGCGGCGGCGGCAGCAACGGCAACAGCGGCGGGGCCGGACAAGGCGGCGGCGGCGGCGGCGACAGUAACAGUGUCGGCGGCGGCUGCAGCGCCAGCAGCGAGCGGGACCGGCAGUACUGCGAGCUGUGCGGGAAGAUGGAAAACCUGCUGCGUUGCGGGCGCUGCCGCAGCUCCUUCUACUGUAGCAAAGAGCACCAGCGCCAGGACUGGAAGAAGCACAAGCUCAUCUGCCGGGGGAGCGAGCCCAGCGCGGCGGCGGCGGCGGCUGGAGGGGGCGUUGCUCAGCACCGGAGCGGCGGCGGCGGCGAGCGACACCAAGGCCACGGCCACGCUCGCUCCCCCCAGCCCUCCGCAGGAGGAGAAGGAGACGGGGCGGCCGCCGCCGCCGCCGCCCCCAAGAAGGUAACGGCGCUCCCGGCCAAGCCGCAGCCGGACUCUACCUCGGAAGAGAAGAAGGCGGCCGCGGCGGCGGCGGCGGUAACGAACAACCACGUUGCCAAAGUGGCGCCAGAGAGCCGAGGGCAGGAAGGGGAGGAGGGCAAGGAAGCGGCCGCGGCGGCUCCCGGAGCCGGGAAGGCGGCGCUCCUCUACCGGGAUAAGUCCAACUUGAGCGCGGAGGAGUCGCUGCGCCCCAACGGGCAGAUGAAGUCCCUGGUGCCUCAGCGGCUGGCGCUGGAGUACAUCGUGCCCUGCAUGAACAAGCACGGCAUCUGCGUGGUGGACGAAUUCCUCGGCAAGGAGCUGGGCGGGCAGAUCGAGCAGGAGGUGCGCGCCCUGCACCACACCGGGCACUUCACGGACGGGCAGCUGGUCAGCCAGAAGAGCGACUCCUCUCGGGACAUCCGCGGCGACAAAAUCACCUGGGUGGAAGGCAAGGAGCCUGGCUGCAUGACCAUCGGGAAGCUCAUGAACAGUAUGGACGAUCUCAUUCGCCACUGCAACGGCAAGCUGGGCAACUACAAAAUCAACGGCAGGACGAAAGUGAGUGACACCCCCUCCUCCUCCCUCUCACCAUCUCUAAACCUUCCACCUGCGGCAAGUUCACGACUUUCACUGGCCGGUGAUGGCUCCCCCUUCCUCUUUAUUGAAUUCCCUAGUCACGCUUAUUUUCAGGAAUAUUAUAUUUCAGAGCAGCUUAAAAGGCAAGAUUCUCAAAUGGUUGGUGAGUGACAAUGGCGAGGGCUAGAGUCAGCGAAGGGUUCCCACAUUCUUGAAGGUUGCUAUCCUAAUGCGUAGUUAAUGUUAAACUUAGCUGGAUUUGCUGGCAAAACUUGUUUUUGCCUACAACUCGAUCAGCCCUAUCCAUAUCACGUUUUCAGGUCCACAAGGGAGGAAUGCUGAGAAUAUAUAAUAUUACUGCGUUGAUUCCCUAAGCAUAUAAUUGAUACUGUUGUGAUUGUGCUACACUGGCUUGUAGCUGUGAUUGUAAGGGGACCACAGUAACUUGAUACUGCUUUACUAGUCAAAUCAGAUGGGUGUGGUCAGGGAAGAAGUAGUGUAGGAUCCUUCCAUUCAUAAAGAGCUACUACACUCUGUCCAUCAGUCCCAGCAAAGACUUACUGUAUUUAUAGUCAGCUUGAGAGCCUGACUGCUAACUGGUAGCUCUACUGCUAACUUUUAGGCUAUUCGCUUCUGACUUGCAACAAGUGGAGGUAUUAUAGUCAGGUGUUUUUUUAAGCACUAAAAACUAUUGAAAAUGAUAAAAGUUUCACAGAGUCCAGUAGUCCAGGAGAAUAAGUCACAAAAAGAUGAUAUAGUAGUGUGGCGUAUUGCUGGAUUUGUGACACUACUGAAUCAGUUUUGAUUGUGCCAUGUUCAAAACUGCGUGUGUAUCUCCUCAGUUUGGUGUCCCUGAUUAAUUAGCUUUGAAAUGAACCAACCUCACACAUUGUUGAUGUUCCUGGAGGUUCAGUGCCUCUCCUCCUAUUUAUCAGGGUAUGUGUAGCAGAGGUGUGAUAAUAUUUACACACUAUCAGCAUUUAAAAUAGGAUAUGUUGGCCAUCAUAUCAAAGUUUCAGAUGCCAGGAGCAAUUCAACACUCUAUAAUAAUGUAACACUACUGCCGAUACUCCAUCAAAACUUUAGUGCUCAGCACCAACAGUAGUCCUAAAAAGCAAACUUAGCCAUGUUGAUCCAUAAGGGAAAAAACUCCAAAAUCCACAGUUGGUCAAGUACCUUUCUGAGGACUAUCCAGAAUGUCACAAAAUUGUGGCAAGCUUUUGGAUUCUCCAGAAUUCUUAAUUAGGCAAGAAAUAACGUUUUUCCUUGACCCCACCCCCUGAGUUGUAUAACAUCUUGCCUGAUGGUGAAUUCUGGAGAAACCAAAAGCUUACUGCAGUUUUGUGACACUUGGCCAGCUAUGGAUUUUGGAGUUUAGGGAUUAUGUAAUUUUACUAGCACAGUAAUAUUUCAUUUUUAAAGCUAGGUAUUGUGAUAAGAAUUAAAAUCAAGAUAGUCACAAAAUAAAGCUAUUGUUAAGAACUAUGUGUUUCCUCAUAUAAGUGUUGUCACAAUCAUACAUCAUCACAUGAACAGUAUUGUGACUGGAUAUUAUCAAAUAAAAUUUCUCUUCUGUGGUUCUGUCAACCUAGCUGGAGGUGGUACAACUGCCAGUAGUAUCUAGGACUACUUCACAGUUGCUUUUUUCUGACCUGUAACCGAUAUGAUAAGGUUGGGUGAGAACUGAUAUCUGAAACUAGUGCAUGUGCCUGAUAGUUCUGCUCCCUCAGCAGCAUGUAGCAAAGCCCUUUAAGGGGAACCAUUUUAAUCAGAAUUCAUGUUUACUAAAAAACCAACAACUUAACCUUGAGAAUAUAUACUAUCUAGGAAGAUGUUCUGAUCCCAUCUACCACUGUUAUAAAAAACAUGCAAAUAAAACUGUCAUUUAACAGUUGUACCUGCAUGUUCAGUAUGAGACAAUAUGAUAUACUAGGCUUUAAUUAAAUUACAAAAAAUUAGCAGAAUUGUACCUUUACUAAAUAUUAGUGGAAACUAUUUGUGCAACAGUGUUUGGCAUGAAACUCAGCAUGACUAAUUUUAAAUGUGAACAUUGAUAUAAGGUAGCAACAUACCUAGACAUUACAGGGAGCUGAACUUCUUAAAUCAUCAGAAUAUCAUUAAGAGAGAAAGGCUCUAUAAAUCCAUUCAAUGUCACAAGUAUGCCUGCUACAUCUUGGGGCUGUAGAGGGGCAAAGGAUCAUCUCAGAUUUCUUGUUGUGAAUUGUGGAGCCCUUCAGUUAAUGAAGCAAUAUUCUGAAAUAUCUCUAUUCUAAACAUUCUGAUACAGUUUCACCUUUAGUCUUCUGAUAUGAUUAGCUGUGCCUUUGUGGCCUGCAUAAUCUGCUUAAAUGCUGAUUCUAUAUUCUGUUGACAGUUACCAUAGACUUGCCCCUUUAAUUUAACUUAUAAAUCUCUGUACAGGGACCACAUUAUAUUUAUAUUUUGAUACAAUAUCUAGCAGGCUGCUAGCAGUAAAUAAAUAAUGUUGCAAACAGUGUUAGAAACAGAUAUGAAAGCUAGGAGCUAAAUGGCGUAUUAAACCUAAGUUAUGGGCUCAACAAUGGAAUGUCUAGGCGCAUUUUUUAAUAACAAGAAUACAAAGCUGAAAAUAAAUGAACUACAGCUAAAAUAUUGUGUUCAUUUUUCACAUGGUCUAGUUCUUCUCUUGCCCACCUCCCUAAUAUUCUUAAUAAGGUCUCAUCUCUAGCCUUCAAAGAGUAGCUGGAAGUGGAGAGGCAGAAAAAGGUCCUUCUUUCCUUCCACUUUGCAGUUUUAAUCUGAAAUCUUAGGUGCUGUACUGCACCCAGAACUCAGAAACUGCUUAUGUUAAUGAAAUUCCCUGUCGCAAAAUGCACCUAGAACAAUGGGAAUUUCAAACACUGAUUGGAGAUAAUGUGAAACAUCAUAACCCCCUUCCUUGGGAGUAAGUCCCAUUGAACUCAGUGGGACUUAAUUCUGAAUUGACAUGUAUAGGAUUGAACUGUUAAUGCGCUCUCCUAAAUUGUGAGACUUGAGCUAUACAAGCACCCAGGCUUAAGCACAUGGGAGCUGCUGAGGUAGCCAUCCACAAAGUGCUAGGUAAGAAGGUGCUUAACAUAUACAGUGUAAAACUUCCUCUGCAAAAAAGUUUGCCAAAAAAAUACAGCUUAUUAAGCAGACAUUACUGUACUUCCUUUAAAGGCAUACCAAGCAUUUAAAUAUAAUAUGGAGCAGAGAGGCAGAUAACUUCUUAAAAGUACUGUAGGUUAAUAUGUGUGUAGGGAAAUGAAACAGGUGUAUCUUAAACAGAUUUAAUAAAAGUGUGCUUAGUGUCACAAAUGAGAGAGACCUGUGUUAACAUGUUUAAUAUUGGGGCAGUGGAUAUGUAAAAAGAAUCAGACUUAGGUUAGUCCAGUCUUGCAGACAAGUCCGCAGAAGUGACCGGUCCUGCUAUGAAAGCAAAUAUGUCAAGUAGAUAAGUCAAGCAUGAAAUUUAAAACCCCCAAAGAAGACUGGUAUUAGUAAAAAAUUUCUUUUGAAGGUGUAUGGCUAUUUACAGGCCCCAGGAUUAGUAAAAUAUAGGUGGUCAUUAAAAUAGCUUUAACUUAAAAUCAGUUAGAAAUUUUUCUAAUACAACAGUGCUUAACUGCUUGUAAACAUCUUUUCAGGACACUAUUGUGCAGAAAUUCCAUUUUUGAAUAUUUCCUUUGACAAUAUUAUUUCUGUAUAGCAUUAUGUUACCUUAAAGCAGGCAUGGUCAAACUCCGGCCCUCCAGAUGUUUGGGACUACAAUUCCCAUCAUCCCUGACCACUGGUCCUGUUAGCUAGGGGUGAUGGGAAUUGUAGUCCCAAACAUCUGGAGGGCCAGAGUAUGCCUAUGCCUGCCUUAAAGGGUAUUUGACUAUUCAUAAUGAGCAGAUACCUGAUUUGUGUCUGGGGAACUGAAAUAAAGAUGUCCUUUUAAAAAUAAUAAAAGAAUACAAACCAGUAAGAGCCAUUUUAAAACUCUCAGGCACUUGUCACCCGUUGACUUUUCCACUUGGAACAGCUGCCAUUACCACCAUUUCUCUCCGUCCUAUACAAGGCUCCACAUUUUGGUGAGGCUUAGUUUUCAGCCCAAAAAUUGUAGUUGCCAAUCCUGUUCCUAACAGUGUGCUGCACCUCUUGGAUAUUUGGAAGUUGUAGAUUUUCAAGUCUAAUAGACCAAUGCAACUAGUCUGUGUGUUCAGAUGAACAUGGCACUGACAAAAGGCAAGUCAACACAUUCUGGGUUUGCUUAGUAUAUGGGGCAAGAGAAUACAUGGUUCAGUGGUAAAGCGCAUGCUUUGAAUGCAGAAGUUCCCAGGUACGAUUUCUCAAACUAGGGCUUGAAAAGACUUCCGCCUUUAACCCUGAAGAGCUGCUGUUAGUCAGUGUAAGCCAGCUUUCUCUAACCGAGGUGCUCUCCAGGUGUUUUGAACUAUAACUCCCAUUAUCCCAGUCCAUUGACUGUGCUGGCUGGUGCUGAUUGGAAUUGUAGUCCAAAAUAACUGAAGGUCACCAGGUAGGAGAGGGUGGUGUAAACAAUACUGAGCUAGAUGAUCUGAUGCUAUGUAAGGCAUUUUACUUGCGCCAAACCAAAAUAUUACCCUUGUACUACUUCUGGAGUUAUUUGUUCUGGAUCACUGUGGCUACCUGCAUUUAUCACAUCUUGCUGUGAGCAUGCAGUUUUAUUGUGUUGACUCUGUCAUUUAUUGUCACUUCCUAACCUCUGUUUUAGAUAUAUGCAGGAAACACCUCCUUGUUUUAGUUAAAUAGGUAUAAAGCCAAUAAAACUAAAUGGUCUUGAAAGGAAUUUAAAAAUGUCUUCCUGUACCCAGUUUGAUUUGUUAGGUUAUAGAUCGGAAUUUUAAAGAAGGUUAAAAGACCUUUUUGCAAGCGGGCUACUCUGAGCCCAGUUCUGUAACAGGCCAUUGCUGAUGAGGUGAGACCACAGGUUUUGGGUUUUUUUGGCUUGGAAAGCCUUUUAAUUGCCAGGGCAUGUAACUUCAGUGGGUAGUACUGUGGUCCAGAUAUUGAACAGUGUCGAAUUUGAAUUACUGCAUGUUUUCUUUAAUUAGCAUUCUAGUAAAUGUGGUUGACUUUCAGUGCAAUGAAAGUAUCAGUUUGUACUAGAGCUUUGUUUGCAUUAUUGUCUCCAUUUCUCCACUAAUUGGUUAAUAUUUACCCCAAAGUAAAAUUAAAAUAAAAAAAUCAUUAAAUAUGUUAUUAUUGCUUAGAAUUCUAGAGUUGGAAGGGACCCUAGGGUCAUCGAGUCCACCCCCUACAAGGCAGGAAUCUUAACUAAAGCUUGUUAAUUGAAAUUAAAAUCCUAUUGGUCGGUUGUGAAGGAAGUUGUCAUUUAGCCUUGUAAAGAAAAACAAACGAAACAGAAACCUCACAAGUUGAUAAGAACAGCUUGAGCUAAUAAAAGUUCAUAUAACUUGCUAAAUAAAAUGUUAGUUAAUAUUGAUAUUGGUUGACUAGUUUGCUGCAGGUUUGCUGCAGGUGUGGACUUGGGGCUGUAGAGAUGAGGAUUAGUCUAAAAUAGUGGCUGAGGUUAAUUAAUAUUUUGCUGCUGCUGCUGCUACUACUACUACUACUACUUGAUUUGAUUUUGAUUUCUUACUUUCCCAUCACCAUAAGAUUGAAGGGCUGAUUACAACAAUGUAAAAAUAAAAAGAUUUAUGGUAAAUCAUUUAAGACAAUUUACAAUCAGAAGAGCAGGAUGGGUCCUAAAAAUAUCUCUCAUGUGUCAAAGGCCAUAGUAGAGAGAUGUAUAUUCAGCCUAUAAUGAAAGUUGUAUAAUAAAUGUUCCAGAUGUACCUCUGUGGGAAGAUAAUUCUGCAACUUAAGGGCUGCCACAGAGAAUGCACUCUCCUCAGACACGCAUCACCCCACAUUUCUCGAGGUGGUUUUACUUAUUUUACUUACAUUUAGUAAACAAAACUUUUAAAAGUACCCAUGUUAAUUUUUUGUAUCAAUAUACAACAUGUAAUUGACUAGAAAUGUGUGGGGGAGAUAAUACAUUACAUAGAUUUUUAAUUGCAAUGCAUAUAUUCUUUUGGGCCUGCUGUCUGACCAAGGGGUUUGGUUAUUGACAACAUAGUUCACCUUGGGAAGAGACCUCUGAAAUCUCUAUGAUUUUCCUCAUUAUACCCAGGCAUGUCCAUCCUUAAGGUAAAGGUAAAGGGACCCCUGACUAUUAGGUCCAGUCAUGACCGACUCUGGGGUUGUGGCACUCAUCUCGCUUUAUUGGCCAAGGGAGCCGGCGUACAGCUUCCGGGUCAUGUGGCCAGCUUGACUAAGCCGCUUCUGGUGAACCAGAGCAGCACACGGAAAUGCUGUUUACCUUCCCACUGGAGCGGUAUCUAUUAUCUACUUGCACUUUGACUUGCUUUUGAACUGCUAGGUUGGCAGGAGCAGGGACCGAGCAACAGGCUAUUGAUAUGCUAAUAAAUUUUAGCAGCCCAUAGAACAGCCCAAAGAAGGCUAGCACCUUCAUUAAACACCUUUAGGCACCAGGUCAAAACCUUCCUCUUUAACCAGGCCUUUGGCUGAUUGACAUCAGGUGCCCUUUUAAAAUAUGUUGUGGAAGGGAGGAUUAUUAUCUUUGUUUUUAUAAUGUAUUUCUGUUUUUUAUAUUGUGAUUUUAUGUUGUGAACUGCCCUGAGAUCUAUGGGUAUAGGAUGGUAUACAAAAUUAAUUUAUAAUUACAUUAUAUAGUGAUUCCGCAACCUGGAAAUAGUGAAGAUUGUCUAAUUGUAUUUGCAAUUGAUAUCCAAUUAUUGUUAGUAAUUAAAGCACUUGAAAAAAAUUCCACCUCACAUCACUGCUCCCUAGAACACUUUAUUGGUGGUUUGAACUUUGUAGAACAACUGCUCUUCAUCCCUUGUUCUGUGAACAAGUUAUGCCCCUCUGCUGAUAAAAUGUAGACAUAUAAGCACUGUUUUUUAUUCCAUUUCAAACUUGAGCUCCCAUUCAGAAAGUAAAAUCAUAUUUAUUUGAGAGAGAGAGAUUGGAAAUGAAACUCUAAUUGAGUGACAGUGCUGAGUAAUUCUUAUAAAAAGAAUUAGAUUAUUUGUAAAGCAUCUAAAACUUUAUAUAAACAACAUAAAACAGUACCAUCUCUAUCUGCAGACUUGAAAUCUAAAUGUACGCAUGAUUCAAAAGGAAAUAUGGAAGGGAAAACAGCCAAAUUGUGCACUAAUUCUUCAUAAGUUACAUAAUGCGUAAUAAAUUAGAAAAUGACAAUGGUGCCUAAAAUUAAUGUUUGUUUCUCAGACCAUAGAUGAUAAGAAUAUCAAAGAAGUAGUUCCUGUGAUUAUUUGUCAGUAAUUUGCUUCAUUAUCAACCUCUUUUUUGUUAAAAAGGAUGCAGGAAUUGCCCUCCAUUGCAUAGCCUUGAUUUGAUAAAAGCCAGAAAUGGAACAUAAGGAAUGUUGCUGUCUUAAGAAUGAAGAAUGUUGGCAGAGGAAGCCAUAGACGAGCUUUGGUAUUGCUUGUACACUGCUAACCUGGCUUUAAUCAGAAAUGUUUUCUGAAGUUCAAACAGUUGGGAUACGAGAAUGUGGUUUAAAGGAAAAUGAUAGUGUUAGCCUGCCAGCUAAAAGAUACAUCGUUUGUUCUUGCUUAAAGCCUUAUUUAAUCUUGGAGACCAGCCAUAUGUAUAGAUUCAGUGUUGUAUAGUGGGAUAAAACUUGACAAUUGUUGGCAGUGUUUAGACUAUGCUCAACCACAGAGAUUGCUGCUUGGGCACUCUGCUCCAGCAGUCUUCCAUUAGUUUUGCAUGCCCCUUGUUGACAUUCCUCAGUGAGUCUAUAAAUGGGAUCUAGCCUGAGUGUUUUAGGAUUUAAGAUUAACUGUAUUGAAAACAUAAAUACAACAUGGACUGCUGACUUACAGCUUUGAAGUUUGUAUAAACUUUAAGCAUAUGCCCAUCUAAAUCUAGUGCUCUUUUCUAUAUGGUAACUGUUGAUUUGAAAUAGCCCAUAUUUGGCAGAUGUUUAGUUAGUAAAAAGCUGGCCAAAAAACAACAAAUAAAGGUGUGAGUUUCCCCUUCCCCCAAAUGUAUAUAGUGGUACCUCAGGUUACAUACGCUUCAGGUUACAGACUCCGCUAACCCAGAAAUAGUACCUCGGGUUAAGAACUUUGCUUCAGGAUGAGAACAGAAAUCGUGCUCUGGCGGCGCAGUGGCAGCAGGAGGCCCCAUUAGCUAAAGUGGUGCUUCAGGUUAAAAACAGUUUCAGGUUAAGAAUGGACCUCCGGAACGAAUUAAGUACUUAACCUGAGGUACUACUGUACCUCUCUGUUUAACUGAAACAGUAGAAGAACCUCCUUCAGUGGGCAUUCAGGACCUGGAUUCCUAUAUUUGUCAAAGUGCUGAAAAAGAUUCAGAGUUGUAGCCACUGUUAGCCAUAUUCAGAAUAAAUGAAGUGAAAUCAAUGAAUGUGACUAACUUAAAUCUCCUUAUUUCAGUGGAUAUAUUCUGAUUUUGUUGAAUACAAACCACAGUUGUGUUACAGUUUAGAAGGUAUUUGUGCAGUUUAAUUAUGACAAAAUUAUGGCACUAUAAAGGCUUGAUGGAUUUAUUGUGGCACAAGCUUUUAGGGGUUCCCUAACUACAAAGAGCAGACCAUGUUAGAGCAUUCCUAGCUCAGCUGAAGAGCCACCUCUUUUUUGAAUGAAAUAGGGCUUCUGUGGACUUCCAUAGACAGGUAGGGCAAAACUUCCACUCCGUUCAUCAAAUCCAAUUUUAGAAUCAAUGACUUGCCAUUGGAUAUUUUUUCUUUUCCCUUCAUCAGUGAUGUUGACAGACCCUGAAUAGUAUAAAUUGAAACAAAAAAUUACAAAUAUAAUAUGGUUGGUUCUUUUUUCCUAAAUAACCAGGAUCCCAACAGGAGUAGCAUUAUGGGGGGACAAAUCUACUCAUGAAACUGCCAGUGUGAAAAGAAGAUCGCUUUCACUAUACAGUGGUGCCUCGCAAGACGAAAAGAAUCCGUUCUGGGAGUCUCUUCGUCUAGCGGUUUUUUCGUCUUGCGAAGCAAGCCCAUUGACGGAUUAGCGCUAUUAGCGCUAUUAGCGGCUUUUAGCAGCUUAUCAGCUUAUCGGAUAAGCAGAUAAGCGGCUUAGCGACUUAGAAAAAGAGGGGGGAAAGGAAAAAAAAACCCAGGAACUCGCAAGACAUUUUCGUCUUGCGAAGCAAGCCCAUAGCAGAUUCGUUUUGCGAGGCACCUCCAAAACGGAAAACUCUUUCGUCUAGCGAGUUUUCCGUCUUGCGAGGCAUUCGUCUUGCGGGGCACCACUGUAGUAAAGAACGAGCAGCUUUAUUAUGCAGAGAUCAUAGGUAAUCUCAGAGCACAGAUCGGUCUACAAUGCUAAGCAGAUGUUAAUUUUCAGGACCUUAUAAACUAUAUGUGCAUAUCCUUGAGUUCACGAAGUGCUUUUGAUUUAGUGGAGGCAUCUGCUAAAGGAGGAGGAGGGGGCACUAUUUUUGCUGGUUCUUUCCCUUACACCAUGGGUAGGCAAACCAAGGCCAGGGGGCUGGAUCCAGCCCAAUUGCCUUUUAAAUCUGGCCCGUGGAUGGUCUGACAAUCAGCAUGUUUUUACAUGAGUAGAAUGUGUGCUUUUAUUUAAAAUGCUUCUCUGGGUUGUUUGUGGGGCCUGCCUAGUGUUUUUACAUGAGUAGAAUGUGUGCUUUUAUUUCAAAUGCAUCUCUGGGUUAUUUGUGGGGCAUAGGAAUUGGUUCAUCUUUUUUUUCCAAAAUAUAGUCCGGCCCACCACAAGGUCUGAGGUACGCUGGACCGGCCCCCUGCUGAAAAGGUUUGCUGACCCCUGCCUUACACUGUCAGUGCCCUGCCCCCACCCCCACCCCCAACUAGAGUAGGGAGAACAGUUGGAAGUAGGUGCUGCAGGGGGAAAGGAAAUCAGCAAUAAUUGCCUCCACUCUUCUGUUAGUUGAUGUAUCUGCUGGAUCAAAAGCCCUUCCAUGGGCACAAGGAAAUCAGUUGUUUUACUUUAUACAUUGCCUUGCCCUUGACACUGUAUUUUUCUUCCAUGUCACCUUUGUGCUUCUCAUGGAAAAUAAAACUUAUGUUUGUGAGAGGGAUUGAAAUGUAAUUGAGGGUUAGCGAGAAUCACCCCCAAAGUAAUCAGAAUGGGUGACAUCCAGGAAUGUCUCCCUUCUUGCACAAGGAAAUUCUUUUUGCACAACAGGUCUUCCGUUUUCUCCUCUUUCUCCCCUCCUUUAUGCACCCCCAAAAUCUGCCCCAGAGCACAGGGGUCAUGGAGGGAAGAAGGAGCUGUGUUGUACCAACAGGUGCCUGUUCAUGAUCCCAAAUAAGGAAGCAGUUUAACAAAGGAUUUUUACUGUACUAUAUACCAAACUGUUUUGGCUUUUCAACUGUCUUGUUCACUCUGUCUUGUUCUUCUCUCCUAGAUUAUCAUCCACUCCUGUGUGCUAAGGGUUUCCACUCAUGCAAGGGCCUUCUUUUUCUCACCUCACCCCUGCAGCCCCCGGUGCUUCCAAAAUCUGCGCCAUAGGUUCAGAAAACGCUUGAACAAAUUGGGCUGUUGAGGGGGGACAGCUGGGGGAGGAAGAGCAGGUCUCAUUGCACAAGUGGAAGUCCAAUCACAAAAUGUUGGUUAUCAUCCGAAACAUUCUCUAUGGAGGCAAACACUGAGCACAUCUUCUCUCAUCCAAAGACUGACUUGCGUCCAGUUGACACAGAUUUUGGCAGAAAAUAGAGCACUUCUUAAUCAAUGUUCUCAUUUUUAAAAAUCUUCUGUAUUUGUUAGCGUAGAGGCUAAUCCUUCAUACCCCUUUUAAUGCAGCAUGGAUUUUUCAAAUCUUAGGCUUUUUUUGUUAUACUUGAAGUCUAGUUUUUAAACCCUUCCUAGUAUUUUUGAGGGAAUUUAGAAUAUAUUGAAAGUCUGAAAAAGCUCUACUAUUUGAAAACACUGCUAUUAAUUUGAUUUGUAAUGACCACAAAUAAGACUUCCUCUUCCUGAAGGAGUAAAUCAAGGGAGAGGAGAGGAAAGUAUGAGUAUUUUGAUUCCCACUGUUGGAUAGAAUCCAGAACAUUGUGUUCUCUGUCUUCCAAUGCCACAGUUCGUAGGAGAGCUUAAUUAGUACUUGCCCUAUUUUUAAAGCUGUCAAAAAUAUAGUCUCUGGGGCAAGAGAGGUGCUAUCCUGCAUGUUAACCAAUAAUUAGAAGCCAUACGGGGGGGAGGGUUUCUGGAAAUAUUUAAAGAGGGUUUCCUAUUUAAAUUUCUAUAGGCCCUUUCUGCAUUUGUUAAUGCAACAUAUCCCAAAGUAAGCAAAGUAUAACACAGUAUUAUGGUGUUCACAGAAAGAGAGACCCAAAUAGGGAGAAAAAGAAAAGAAAAACCAGGGCCACUUUGUCUCUCACUGUCCCAUACAGAGUGGCUUGCCGUUGAUGGAGUCUAAGAGUGAAGGCUCUAGAUGUCAGUUGAGCCAGGCAGGCUGAUAAAAAGAGUCUUGCUUUCUCUCCCACUCCCUUGCCAUGGCAACAAAGUUCUUAAAAUGGGCUUAAUUCUGUAUUUGGUGAGGGCCUUAAGCCACUUCUGCUGCAGCAGGUGUCUUCUGUGAACCAGGGGUGAUACCUGCUAUCAGAACUGCAAGGGUCCUAGAAGCAUGAAGACAACUAUUUAUGCAUCUAACACAGGUUUUAUUAAGUCUUGAGUCCUUUUAUUUUUAUGUCACAAUAUUCUUUGAGUCAAUCUUCCUUGCAAAUUGGUUGAUAAUAAUAAAAAGUCACACAAUUUAAAUCACAGAAACAAUGGCAAGGGCUUUACAAUUCAUAAUAUUACUGAAAAUAAUUAUUAACUUGUAAUAUUGAAUAGAAAGUGCAAUUGUUUUGCAGAAAAUUCAUGAAGUAAGUUUACUGUCUUAGCCUCACACAGCUGGUGAAAUGUCAUAUUGUUUAAGCCACUACUAUGCUUGUUCAGUGUCUGACAGGAAAAGGCCUUGUAGCUGUUCUCUACAGGGAAGGAAACCUGCUUAUUUUGACAUAAAGGGUGUGUGGUACAAAAUGUGGAUUUUAAAGGAAGUGGAAUACUUUUGUAUAUAGUAUUUUAUUCAGUUGUGCAAAUUGAAAAUCCCAAUUUUAUAAGCAGCUGAAAGUCAAAGACCGGGGAAAGCGUGAAUUAUCAGAUAAUAGUCUGCUCUAUAAAUGUGUUUCUCAAAUUUUAAAAGCAAACUAAUUUUGACACAUUAGGAGCAUGUGAACAGUAUAAGCCAGUUUGGGCAUCAUAAUGGUUUAUCAUGACAGGAAUGAGAUGCCUUGCUUUCUUACCCCCCUCCACUUCUCUUGCAUGGUUGCAUGGAGGAGACUGGAAGCUUUCACUUCCAUUUUCUAUUAACUGCUGUUUGAUAGGUCCAGACAAGACUAGAAAGUAUGAUUUAUCCUAACAAUUCUGUGUUGAGAAAUGCCAGCUACAAACCAUGGUUUAUGAAGCUGAUUUGUUUCAGCAAACCAUGGUUAAAUUGGACUACAGUUUAAGGUUUGCAUAGAUCAGGAGCCGGAGUCAGGUGUAGGUCAGCAAUAAAAAACACUGGUGUCAGUGAAGUUAACUCCUUAUUCAAAGAAACCAAAAACAGUGAAAGCCUAGUGAUCUCAGCUACUCUUCUCAGUAGGUCUUGCCCCAUGGAGGCAGCUGCAAAGACUGAAGGUCCCCACUUUUCCACAGCUGCCGAAGUCCCCUCCUCUGCAGGGUUUUUCCCAAGCAAUUGAAGAUUGUGUUUGUGCACACCUAAUCUCUGCUCUUUUCAUUUCUCUGCAUGUUCUGGUUGACCAGGUGCAGGAAGCUGGUCACUGCAGGAGAGGGAGACUCCCUGGAUUCUUCAGCAGCCUGUCUCACCCCUGUCUCCUGCCCCCCACCUCCAGCCUCUACAUCAGGACUGCUUUCUGCCCCAGCUUCUUCCUUCUCACUAAACCCUUUUGCCUGUUCAGCUUCCGACAGAUACUCUAAUACCUGCUUUAAAUUGUGUUUAGUUACUCUAUGUCAUCUAGAAUGUUUUAGGGUCAUCAAGUAUACUAAUAGCCCUAUCCUAGGCACAUUUAUUGAAAGCAGGUCCAACAGAGUUCAAUGAGGCUUGUAAAAGUGUGAACUCAGAAGUGAGUUCAGGGGUUUUUAUUGCCAGGUGAACAUUUAUAGAAUUGCAGUCUUAGCAUCCAUAGGAUUGCUUCUUAAGUCUUCUGUAGAAAUGUCAAUGAAUCAGCUUGAUAGCAGGAAAUCAAACUGAACCAGAAUAAGAAUAAUUAAAAAAAACAGAACUAAAAGAGGAAAGAAUAUUUGAAGAGUUUCCUCCCCCAAACAGGAACACCAUCUGAAGAGUCUUUGGUUUCGUACAAAGUUUUUAAAAUGUUUAUAUAUAUUAAUUUUUUAAAAUUUCAAAAGCUCACAAUUACACAAUAAAUCAACAAAUAAACACUGAAAAGAUCUAAAAAAAAGAGGGGUUCAGAAUAUGGGUAAACUUACUGCAUCCAGUGGAACCAGAUUGAAUUAGAAUGAGCUCAUAUAAUAAAACCAAUAUUUGGAAUGAUAUCUGUAUUUUGGAUUUGUUCAGGCCCUGUGCCUGGGAAGCAUUGGACAGAGAUUGGACUAGGAGCCUACCUGAAGGCAAAAACCAUUGUACAAUAUUACAAAAGAUAAAGAGCCUGCCUGUUGGAGGAAGGAAAAGGGAGAGGACACCAUUGUAGAGAAUGCCUCUCCCUCUCAGCCAGCCUCUCUAGGUGGGUGUUAAAGGCUUCAGUUGUGCUUACUUGAAUUGAAGCACUGUUUCUUCACUUUUGAGCUAAAGGUCUGUAUAACAUCUUGUUUGUUUAUUCAGCAGUGCAUCUGUGAUGGCUAGGCUUGCAGCACGUUGGGGAGAGAAGGGUGUAGCAGCCUGCUGACUUACUGUUCAGUUCCUGAGAAUCAGAGAGACAAGUAAGCAGGCUCUUGCAGGUUGAGGAACCACGAAGGAGCUCAGGAGCACUCAGCCCAGGCAGUAAGAAGCAUGCGGGGGCAGAGAAUUUCACUGCAGACAGUGUUCCACCUCUGGACUGGCGCUGGGUAUUCCUGCUUACCCUGAUAUGAGCUAGCUUUAACUGAGAAAGAGAGAUAGGGGUUGUGGUGAAGAGGGCAGUGGAUUUGCAGAGCUUUCCAAACUGUGUCGCGACACGUUAGUGUGUCAGCUGCAGAGUGUAGGUGUGUUGCGCGAACACUCCCUGCACCUCUCCCGGGACUGGAAAGGGGAUAGUUUAACCUCCGGCUUGCUAGUAAAACUGAAUUACUGUGUCGUGAAAUGAUGCAUGUCUAAAAAGGGUGUCACCAGCAUGAAAAGUUUGAAAAGCUCUGACCUAUAGAUUCUGGGCUAAGGAUCAUUAUAGGCAAGACUGAAAAUAACAUUUGCCAGUUUUACUGGGGCCUUUACAGAAAUCUGUAUUGGGAUCACACUUGGAAAAACCAUGCAGUUCUUCUUGCCUUAUCUCCAAAAGAUGCAUUUUUGUAGUGUUGAGAAAGUGGAUAGAGAAGUUUCUCUCAUAACACUAGAACCAAGGUCAUCCAAUGAAGCUGGGUGGUGGGAAAUUCAGUUGAUAAUUUAGUUGAAAAAUCCUUUGGUAGUCCCAAUCAUGUGUCUUGCUUGUAAUGAUGCCGUCAAUGAAACUUGAGGAUUUGAUAAUUUUAUCAGGGCCAGAGUCUAUGGACUUAUAUCCAACAGGAUGUUAAGCAAGGCUAAAAUUUUAUUAAGUGUCUCCUGUGGUCUGCAGGUUUACUUGGAGUAAGCCCUCUUGGUUUCACUAGGACUUCUUUCCAAGUACAUGUGUAUAGAAUUCCUGCCUUAAAGUUAGUAUCUUUAAAAUAAGUUUAUAUUUGUGUUCUGAUAUUCUAAAUUCACAUCACAUUUAUAUUUGCAGUGAGCAAAAUACGAUAGUAGUGCAUCUUAACCUGCUAAAAUUGCUUGGUCUCUUGUUUUUACUCCCAGAUAUUGAUUAUUAAAAUAAUAUUAUUUAAGGUAUGGGUCUAGUUUUGAAAGUCAGGCAAGCUCUUCUAGUUUACAUCUUGCGGUGUAUUCUUCAAUUACUAUUGUACUAGUUUCCUUUGGAUUUGAGUUUAAUACAUCCUGUGCUUGCUCCUAUAAUCACCUGUCUCUUCUAGAUUUUUUUAAAUAGUCUUUUUGUAGCAGCUGCUCAUUCCAGCACUUCCUCUUUAGCAUGUAGUGAAUUCUUGUCCAUCUACUUUCAAGCUGUUUCCUUGUUAUUAACCUUUAACCUUUUCAGCUUGUUUUGUUAUAGCUAGCAAAAAAGAGUGGAAAUAAAAGUAUUUCAUAAUUCACCCCACCUAUUUUAAAUCUAGUGGGAUAUUUAAUUCUUAUCACAAAGAAUUGGACAUGGGGGGGGGAAUACAGUAGAAAAGGGCUAGUGUUUUGUAUGCAACAGUGUAUUAACUACAGCAAAAUUACUUAAAUCUAACAGGGCUACAAGCAUUCUACAUGACUGUAAAGCAAGAUAUUUACUGACCCCUAGGAAAUAGCUUUGUUGACUGUUCAUUUGAUCUUGUAUUAUAGUAAACAUGAUGGUCAACCAUUUCUGAAACGGUAAGAAGGUGCACUUAUCUCCAGGUUUAUCUCUACAAUGACUUUUGUGUAUUUGGGACAUAACAGAAAACAAAAACAACAGAAGUGUGUAAAACGUGUUUUCCUUUAUGGUCUCUGGAUUUUCAAAGGGUGAGGUAUUCCAGCACCUUCCCCCUCUAAAUAAACGGGUAGUGGAAUCAGCCUGCCAGUUUUAAAUGAAUGAGGAAUGGGUUGCUAAUUUAUAACCACUUUCUAGAGCAGGGGUCUGCAACCUAAGGCCCAUGGGCCACAAGCGGCCCACGGGGGUCGUUUAACUGGCCCCCAAGCCGCCUCCGAACUGAGCCGCCCACUCGGCGAGUCCCCGCACGCUGUGCUAAACCAGCGCAACGCAGGGACUCACUUCCGUGGUGCCGGAAAUCGUGUCUGUGCAGAUGCAGACACUGGAAAUCACAUGCUCAUGGAGCCCAUGGACGGAUCUCCGCUGGAGUGAACCGGCCCAGGCGAGGUAAACCUUGCUGACCCAUUCUAGAGCUUCCUACUUGGUGCUUCCCCUUCCCAGGGCUUUGGAAUUCUAAUCAUUAGGCAUGACAUGAGGUUUAAUUGCAUAAAGCAGGAGUUGUGAAUGUGGUUCUUGCAGGUGCAUGUUCUCAGAGAGGCCUUUCAUGGCACCCUCAAAGUCCUCUCCCUAAAGUUUGGCUUGAAAGAAGCAUACUAUUGUAGCCAACAAUCUGUUCUUAUGCUAGUUUUGUUCCAUUUUUAUUACAGGCAAUGGUGGCUUGUUAUCCAGGCAAUGGAACAGGAUAUGUGCGCCAUGUUGAUAAUCCAAAUGGAGAUGGAAGAUGUGUCACAUGUAUAUAUUACCUUAAUAAAGACUGGGAUGCCAAGGUAAUUCUAUUUUAGAGAGGGUUUUUUUACAUGUUUGCCUUUUAAAGCAAUAUCUUGUACACCUAGUAAACAUAUGCUUUGAAGUUGUAUCCGAUCCUAUAUCCAGGGCACCUCACCUAGUGUUUGGUCUCCCUUCCACUCCAGCUAGGAUCUAAAAACAUACUUUCCUAAGAAAACUGUCAAAAAUCACACUAGGCAUGCUGAAAAUUUUAAAUGCACCUCAAGUAGCUCUUUGGAUCCUGCUUAUUAUUUUUAUGGCAGUAAACUUCUGUGUAGCUUUGAUGCUAAUGUUAAACGUGAAACAACUCUUCUAGUUCAUGUGUAAAUGUGAGGAAUUGCCUUCUUUAAUACUAAGGUUAUGAGACGCUUUCAACUUUGUUAAGAAUAUAUUUAUUUGCUAUGUUGAAAAUAAAUUAUAGAUCAUAUAUUCACUGAUCUCCCUGGUCGUUUUUGGAGAAAGACUAGAAUUUAUUUCCUCCUUCAGGAAUUUGAUAGCCAUUUGUUGUGGUGCUGACUCCUCAUUGUUCAUAUUUAACUUCAAGGAACUAUGAGAAUGUUGGGCAAAGUAUAGAAAUUGGUUAGACUAGUGGCUGGUAAUUGCCCCAAUUGAAACUCAGCUAAGCUAGUUGCUUGUCAGAAAUCCAGGGAGAGUGCUUGUUGUACCCUGGUUCUACUUCCUGUGAAAACAGGAUACUGGACUAGAUGGGGUCUUUAAUUUAACCCAGUGGAGGAGUUCCUACAUUAUUCAAUAUUUUUAAAGGUGCUGUUUAUAUUCAUUCUGUGGACCACUCAUUCAGAAUUUGUAUGCAGUUAACAAUAUCAGCACAGAGAUUUUGUUUCUCAUAAAACAGUAAUUUUUGGUUUUGCAAAAGUUCCGUUUUAUUAAUAUUGAUUAUCUAAAUAUACACUAAAACACAUUCAUUAAUGUAUGUUACAAAAAUCUGAGACAUUUUGAUUGUUCGAAUGAUUUUUCAGUCUGUGCUAGUUCAUUUUAUAGAGCCAACUUAUGAACAUAAAAAAAGAGUUUCAUUAGUGCAACUUACUUUUAUUUGGAUCACUGUGAGAAGGAAAUCUUACUGUCUGCUUUAAUUAUUCUAGAAAUAGUUGAGUUAAAAGGAAGCUAUAUGUAGGUGCUAUUGGUACAUUGAAAUUGCUGAUAGCAUCUUUGAUUGUGAAGCACUGUUUAUGUCUUUUAAGGUAAGUGGAGGUAUUCUUCGAAUAUUUCCUGAAGGCAAAGCCCAGUUUGCUGACAUUGAACCUAAGUUUGAUAGAUUGCUGUUUUUCUGGUCUGACCGCCGCAACCCUCAUGAAGUGCAGCCUGCAUUUGCUACAAGGUAAGAUGAAUGAAUAUAUACCGGCAGACUUUAGUAAGUUUAGGACAGAAAUGAGAAGGAAUUGGAAAUCUACAAAAAUUGGAUUCAUCUGUCCCAGGAAAGUGACUAGUACAAAUGGAGCCUCAGUUAUCAGAAUGUAUGACUUAUGCUUGACAAAUUUUGAGAGUUUUAACUUGCAUUGAUUAGUGGCAUGCUACGUUACCAUUAGUUAUGGAUCAACAAAAGCUCAGGUUUGUCAUGAUUUAUAGCAGGUUAGUUAAAUGGAAAAAAAAGUCAUUGUUUUAUCAAUGGUGUCAUGCAUUGUUAUAAGUUGUCGGGUUUUUUCUCCCCGAUAUUUUUUGGACCGCAGUACAUUUAGGCUGAAGGCCUAUAUAUGGGGAGUAGACAUGUCAGUUUGUUUCUCAGGUUAAAAAAAAAUUGAAUUUACGUGUCAUAUAAAGCAGAUGAAGGCAUAGGAGUUGAUCACUGAGGCCAGUCAUGAAUUGUUAACAGGUGUGUGAGAGCUAUUAUUUGGGAAGACUAAAAAAGGGAUAAAAAUAGCUGUGUUUAUAAGAGUCAACAGUUAGAAAGUAGUAGUUAGAAAGUUGGGAAACCAGGCUUCAAAUCUUUACUUGGCCUUGAAGCUCAUUUGGUGACCUUGAGCCAGCCUGAUCCAUGUAUGUCACCUUGAGCUGCUUAGAGUAAAGGUGGUGUUUGUGUAUUAAUAAAUAUGGAGAUUAGGCUUUUAAACAAGUGCAUGUACAUCUGAGUAUCAGUAGAAUAAAUAAUUUUGUAAAUGUCUCUUGAAAUAAGGCUUUACGUACAUACACUGCAAAAUUUAUCACUGCAUUAGAUUAGAUGUUUGUUUCCUGAGUGAAUGGAGUUCAGUUUUUUGGUGCUGUACAAAUGUUAAAUUUAUAAACCUUGUAAUUAACAUUCUGUUGAAGUGAAAGGGGGCAGUUCUUGGAGGUGUAGAGAUGCAACUUAGUUUGAUGUGUCUCCAAGGGAAAGAGCAGGUAGAUAAAGCGAAACCUCCAAGUUUCUUAGACUGUCCUUUCUGACCUAAUCUGUCAGGAGCUUCUCUCAAGUGCUAGACCUAUGCUCUUAGGGUUGCAGACUUCAUUUCUUACUUCCUACUUCUUCAUACGUUGUGAAAAUUGAAGGAGAGUUUGCUGGUAUAAAAUAUAUUAGAAGUAUAUAUUCUUGUUGGUUUGUUUUUUAAGCAACAGCUUUGAGUUACAGUCUGAUUCUAGGCAUGCUUACUUGGAAGUCCCAUUGAGUUCAGUAAAAUUUAGUACUUGCUGGCAAGUUUGUAUAGGAUUGCAACCUUAAAGUUAUAAAACAAGGAAGCUAUCUAAAAUCAAGGAACGUUGCUGGGGAUCACAAGCAUCGGAAUGCUAUUGCACUCAUGUCCUGCUUUUGGGCCUUUCAUAGGCAUCUGGUUGGCCAGUGUGAACUCUGGCCCAGAUGAACCUUUGCUCUGAUCCUGCAGGGGCCCUGUUGUUUUCUUAAGAAUCAAUUUGCUUUUCAUCGGAAGGAGACAUCUGUUUAGUUGGGUAAAGUCUGAAGGACCAUUUUUUUCCAAUAAAGCUGAAGAUGAUUAGAGUUGGAUGUUUCCUACUUGUCAGUGCCACCAAUUUAUUAUUAGUGCUAUUAUUUACCUGCCCUUCUCCCUAAGGUCCCAGGGCAGGUUACAACACUUAAAAACACAAUUCAAAGCAGUUUAAAGCAACUUAACAAUCACAGAAAUAAGGUGGGUCCUAAAAAUACUAAUCUGGUGUCAAAGGCCAGGGUAAAGAGGUGUGUCUUCAGCAUUCACCACAAACUGUAUAAUUAAUAUGCCAGAUGCACCUCUGUGGGAAAGGAGUUCCACCACUUAAGGGCUUCCACAGAGAAUGCCCUCUGCUGGGCCAGAGCUUCUAAGGGUGGUGGAACAACCAAUAGGGCUCCCUCUGCUAAGCUUAACACCCAAUCUACAAUUCAAUGAGGCUUGCUUGCUUGGUAAAGAUCCUUUCUCCUGUGGUUAAUAUGAAUUGCCUGAGCCAGUAGUCUGCCAAGAAUUGAGUUGUUUCGGAAAUUAGAAUUUUCAGCUCAAAGUAGUAAGUUACAGAUUGUAUUAAGUUCUGAAAAUUAUGACGUUACAAAUACACAGAAUAAGUUGACAGUAUACACUGCUGUUUAGGUGGCUCAGGUAUACGGUUCUGUCAUGUAAUUGGAGGGAUCUAAGAGGGUGUUAAAAUGUGUUGUUUUUUAAUAUAGUGUGUUACUAUUUCAUUCUUUUUAUCUUUUAAAGGUACGCAAUAACAGUGUGGUAUUUUGAUGCAGAUGAAAGAGCCCGUGCUAAAGUAAAAUACUUAACAGGUAAUUGAUUUCCCUGUUUUUUAUGUUUGUGUUCUCUCUAAAAUCAGCUGUAUUUUAGUGUGCGUAGCUGUAAAAGUAACUGACAACAGCAGCUUCUGAGUACAAUUGUACCUCGUUUUGUGGCUGGGAUCUGUUCCGGAGCCCCGGCCACUAGCGGAAAAGGACGCAGGGCAAAGUGCCGUGUCUGUGCAUGCACACAGAGUGGUUUGCACUUCUGCGCAUGCGCGAAGCACAAUUUAGCACUUCUACGCAUGCGCGAGCGGCAAACCCGGAUGUAACCCAAUCCAGUACUUCCGGGUUUGCUGGAAUGGACGCUAGACAAGGCAGACGUUCGCGAAGGCAUUACUGUACAGUGAUAUUAUAGCUGUAAUUAAUAAUGAACUUCAGUAAGACCUAUACAGUGGUACCUAGGGUUAAGAACUUAAUUUGUUCUGGAGGUCUGUUUGUUCUGGAGGUCUGUUCUUAACCUCAAACUGUUCUUAACCUGAGGUACCACUUUAGCUAAUGGGGCCUCCUACUGCCACCACACAAUUUCUGUUCUCAUCCUGAAGCAAAGUUCUUAACCCGAGGUACUAUUUCUGGGUUAGUGGAGUCUGUAACCUGAAGCAUCUGUAACCUGAAAUGUCUGUAACCCGAGGUACCACUAUCUUGAGUAUCUUGAAAUGGAAAGAGCCUUAAUUUCAUCUUAUUUCUUGCCCCACCCAUAGUGGCUCAGAGCUAGUAAUGAGUUUAAAAGGCCACACAGGGGAAAAAUACCCAACCGAAAUAUUAUGCACACUGAAGAAAAUAUUUCAGUCCUGCUUAAUCAUAAGGUUAAGUCACCCCAACCAAGAAAGCUUCUAGAAAAUUAUUAAAACAUUUGAUGCAUUAGGGGAAUGGAUUUCCAUGAAUGUGCAGCAAACACUAUUACUGUCUUUAAACAUUCCCUUAUUAUUUGAAUUGGAUGCACAAAUGAUACAGUCUGAGGUUGUGUUUAAGAUUGUGUUGAAUUAAAAUCUAGAACAAAUGAACUGAAGAACAGAUCUGUUGGAUUUUUGUCAUGUAAAAACGUGGAGAAAGGAAAGGUGUAUAUAUUUGAGAAGCUUAAUAGAGUGUUGCAUUCUCCUAAAUCAAUUUGAGGGAUGCGGGUGACACUGAGGUCUAAACCACUGAGCCUAGGGCUUGCUGAUCUGAAGGUUGGCGGUUCAAAUCCCCGCGACGGGGUGAGCUCCCAUUGCUCAGUCCCAGCUCCUGCCAACCUAGCAGUUCAAAAGCACAUCAAAGUGCAAGUAGAUAAAUAGGUAAGUAGAUAAACAGGAAGCUAAAUGGCGUUUCCAUGCACUGCUCUGGUUUUGCCAGAAGCUGCUUAGUCAUGCUGGCCACAUGACCCAGAAAAACUGUCUGCGGACAAACGUUGGCUCCCUCGGCCAGUAAAGCGAGAUGAGCGCCGCAACCCCAGAGUUAUUCGCUUUUACUGUCAGGGGUCCUUUACCUUUACCUUCAGAUCAAUUUGACUGGCACCAGAAAGGUUGAGCGUCCAUUGGGGCAGAUUUUGCCAUACUUCCAGGAGCCUUGUAGUUUUGCUUUGGGUAUACUGUUGUGCUCCAAAGAGGUGCUUCUCUGAACUGAGGCGGGGAGGGGGUGUGUGUGCUCCAGUAGUACAUGUAUGCAUGAAAUUGAGAGCUGUAUGUAUGAUUUGUGAGAGUGAGGGAGAGAUAUAUGGGGGUGAUUGAUCUAUAUGUUGCUUGUGUGCAUGUGUGAGAGAAGAAAAUCUAUACAUGAGGUCUGUGGGCUGAGGGAGAGGUGCACGUGGCCAGAGAGGGAGAGAGCUCUGUGUGGUAUGUGUUUGUGUGUGUGCGAGAGGCAGGAAGGUAUGUAUGCGUGAGUGAGAGAUGCACACAUGUGUAGUUGUGUAUAUGUGGAGCGUGUGAGUUAGGGAGAUGGUGUGGCCUGUGUGUGUGUGCGCGCGCGCAUGCGCAAGAGAGUGUGAUUGGCCACCUUACAUAUCUAACUUGUAAUGGUAUAGUAUUUCUGUGUUUUUUUAAUAACUCCCCCUUUGUCUUACAGGUGAAAAAGGUGUGGAGACUGAACUUAACAAGCCUCCUGAUUCAAAUGGGAAAGACCUUCUAUAAAGCCUUUGAUCUAGUAAUUCCCUGUGCUAUGUCCUGGUCCAUCUCCCCCUCCCCACAACAGUCCUAGGCGCUGUCUAUUAACUUUUGAAUGUGAAUAAUGAGAUAAAGGAAAAUCAACGCCAAAUCAACGUUUGGAAUAAACAAAUGAAUUAUGGGUUUCAGUGUUUCAUCAAAUGGAUUUCUAAUAGCUUAUGCAUUGUACUACAUGAUUGUGACUCUAGUCCUGUUAACUGCUUAUGUGACGAUAAGCAUUGAGAAAAAAACAGCUUACACAUGAAGUGCCCUACAUAGAAGUUUUCCAUCCUUCAUAUUUUGCCAUUCAAUCAUCCAGUUCAAUGCUAUUUAUCAUCCCCCCCUUUUUAAAAAAAAUGUGGUAAAAGUUUUGAAUUUUAAAUAAUUUUUGUAUAACCAGGUACAGCUGAUCAACAUCGAGCAAAGCAAACAUUUUUCUCCAAAAUGGCAUUUAACUAUUUUUGUAAAUUUGCUGUUCACACUGUUCUCCUACCAUGUAAAACCUAAUUUAAAUAAGAAUUGCCAGUAACUGAUGAUCACUCUGUCUUUACACUUAUGUCUGAAAAGGAGCACUUUAAUUCCCAUUUAAGAACCCAAUUGUUUUAUUUUCAUAUCUUACACUAAUUUGAAUUUUUUUUAAAGAUUGCUGCUGUAUUGUGUUUGUGUUCUCUGAAACUUUUUUUUAAAAAAAACUGAAACAGAUGCCUAUCUUGCUGUCAAUUACUUCCUUAAAUUUGUGGUUUUAUAUGUUGUAUCCAGAGAGCAAGCUUUCUGUAUCUGUGUCAUUUGGGUUUUCUAAGUGACUGGCUAGCACUAAGUGGACUUGACGUUAUCCGUACUGUCUUUUUCAUGUUGAGAACUGUGGCUGCAGUUCCGCUGGGAACUUCAUCUAUGAGAGCCAUUCAAUGUGAAUGAAAGUCAUUCAAGAACACAGCAGUACACAUGUGCAGCUCCUGCUUUUUCCAGUGGGGCUUGUGCAGAUGAAGUGCCAGGUGGACUCUGCCCAUAAGUAUCAAAUCCCUAGAACAUAAGGGCUUUCCUAGGCUUUUAGGUGCACCAACGUCCUUUCUACUACUUUAAUGGGAGAUCUCAAUCUUGACUUGUUUUCAAAAGCUUACUUUCUGCUACGUUUUUUGGUAAGGUCAUGAAACUUCAGAGAUUUCCCCCCAAAGCAGUAGUAUCCUCAUUUGCAGUUGGGUCCCUUGAUCCCCUUAUAUACUAUCAAGGGGUAUAUUUAAUGCAUUAAGACUGAAGUGCAUCACUGCAGGCUUAAUAUGUAAAUAUUUUCCUACUGCUGAGAAUUUUUCUCCCCAAAAUAACAUUGGCCUCUGAUCAAUACGAAAAUGUUUUUGACAAGGAAAAACUAAAUUACUUUUAAGUGAGGAAGCAAUAGAGAAUAAAAUUAAUGCAACCAGAUAUUUUGAAAUGUUUUAUUUUGAAGGGAUUGGUUUGUGCUCAAAAGUAACCCCUUGGAGGGAAGCUUCUGAGUUCUAGCAGCCUUACAAACACGAGCCUCCCCAUUUAAAGGCUCCAUAUUUUAUCCCUUGAUUCCCUCACUUAACCAAAACAAUGUGAGUGUACAGAAAUAUUUCUGUAUGUACAACUUUGCCUAUUUCAGCAUCUGUAUAGUUUGUACUUGUAUUAGAGACCUUUUCUAUGGAAAGCUCAGUAAUUUUUAUUAAAAAAAAAGCUUACUAUUCAUGUAAAACAUGAAAAAAAGGAUUACGUUUAGUGACAACUGACAAAAGGUGGGAAAUUCAGUAUUGUGAUAGCAUACUAAGGGAACAUCUGGCAAAAGUCUUUGGGGUUUUUUUUGUUUCCCCCACCCCCUUUAAAACGAUUAGCUGUCAAAACUUUUAACAGUUUGGUUUUUCUCUUAAUCCUGGUAAAUCCGAAGAAAACAUGUCUACUGUAAGUGCCUCUGCAAGCCUGACCAAGGAGUGCAAAUUUUCUCUACUGUCUGGUCUGCAGUGCAAUGCACUGUUUUAGGCCUAAGAAACACCAUUUCUAACUUUUAACUGCUUUUGUAUUAUGUUAAAUGUGUUAGACAUGGACAACAUAAUAAGCCUUUACAUUUUUUGUUUGUUUGUCCCUCUAUUCAAAGUAUCAACAUCUUACAUUUGUGCUUGUUGGGAAGAUUUAAAAUGUGCUUAAAUCUCUCAGUUGGUUAUUUUACAAAAGGUCACCAAUCUGGGUCUUCUAAUGUCCAUUUAGAAGCUGUUCAUGUCAGUUAAAUCUUCAGCCUUGGGCGUUACCAAGCAGGAACCUGUUUCAGACUAUUUUUAAACUGUCUUAUGGCCUGUAUAUGUGUUUAGUCCUGGUUAAAGAUAAAGCUUCAUAAUGCUAUUUUUAUUUCAUGACAUUAGCCAGCUGUAAAACACAAGACUUAUCUAGCAGGCAAAGAAAUUCAGAAUUAAUUUGCAGAUUUCUUAUAAAGUCAUGUAACUUUUGAAAAGCAGUGUUCAUUACUGAAAGAGCUCUCAAGUUGCUUGUAAAGCUAAUCUAAUUAAAAGAUGUAUAAAGGUUCUUGAAACAAUGUGGUGGUUAUUUGUAAUUAUGUAAUAUUUUUAAAGCCUCCUACACAGCAACUAAUUAGUAAACUGAUAAUGGGGUGUGUCUGUCUGUUUUUAGCAGUCAGUGACAUUGCAGCUGCAGUCAAGGGUCUCCUGUUAGUUUCAUUUAUAAACCCUGUUUUUAAUUAUCUAGCUGUGAUUGUUUUUAAAGGAGAAGGUGGGGGGGACGGACGACACAAGACUGUCAAUUGUAGCCUGGUACUAACUUGGCAUUACCAAUACAAACAUUUUAUUUUCUGGUCACGUGGAAAGGCUACCUAGGUGUUUUUCCUUCUGAAAAUAACCAUCUUGAAUUUUAGGUGUUUAGGUAAGCAUUUAGAGCAUGUCCAUAGAUUGAGUUUAGCGUGUCAGACGCAUUGUUUCAAGACUUCAAUCACUGUGGUACCACGUUGCAGGAAACUUCUCCCUCUGCUAAUGAGUUUUUGUCACACAGUGUAAACUGCACGUUGCGUGGUUGCCUUCUCAUGAUUAGAAGCAAAGGAAAACAUUUACUUGUCAGAAGAUAUUAUGAGGACCUGCUUUUAACAGCUACCUGCUGUGCCUUGUCACUGCUGUUUUCUGUGGGGUGAUAUGAGCCACCCUUGAGUAAAACCUGGUUCUCUGAC